CCGUUGAUGAGAAUUUGAAGACGGGUCUGUUUCAAUUGGUUGACUGUUUUGCAUUUCUGCAGUAUAAUUCCGAGAUGAUGAUUUUAUUUAUUAUUAGUUUUAGCCUAUUAUUUACUUUACAUUUCAACUUUCAACUUUAUAUUUUAGUUUUCAACAACUUUGCGCAAAGACGAAAGCCAACACUGCUCUCGAUGAGGCAAAACGCCGGUUGGUUUGAGUCCAUCAAAAACUGCAUCAACCACAGAAAACCUAAAGCCGCAAUCUUGACGUACAUCCGAAUGCGCCGCUGCUGCGGAGGCAUUGUGAUCCCAGCCGCCCCUUUAGUCCUCAAAGCCUGCGCUUCACUUUCUCUGCUUAAUUUCGGGAAAGUUGUGCAUUCUGAAAUCAUCAAGUCGGGAAUCGAAAGCAAUGUGAUGGUGGGGACAUCGUUGAUCGACGUAUACGGUAAAUGUCGCAACAUAGCAAGUGCACGCCAACUGUUCGACGAAAUGCCUGAUAGAAAUUUAAUCUCCUGGAAUACGAUGAUUGGAGGGUACAUGUGGAAUGGAUACACGGGAGCUGCGUCGGCCUUGUUUGCGAUGAUGACGGAGAGGACGUCGGUCACUUGGAACACCAUGAUCACUGGGUACGCUAGAAAUGGGGAUAUGGCUACGGCUAGGUUAGUUUUUGAUGCUGUGCCCGAGGGUUUGAAGACUGUGGUGACAUGGACUUCGAUGGUCAGCGUGUACGCCAGCAAUGGGAAUAUGGAGGCGGCGAGGGAGGUGUUCGAGAAGAUGGGAGCGAGGAAUUUCUACGUGUGGUCGGUUAUGAUAAAAGGUUACUUCAAGAGAGGUGAUGCGGUGAAGGCAAGAGAGCUUUUUGAUGGGAUGAGUUUGAGGAAUUUGGUGAUCUGGAAUUCGUUGAUUUCUGGAUUUGCACAGAAUGGGAUGUUUAGUGAAGUGAUGGAUGCUUUUAUGAGGAUGCAAGAAGAUGGUUUUGAACCAAACGAGGUCACGGUUGUAAGUGUUCUUUCAGCUUGUGCUCAAGCAGGGAUGUUGGAUGUUGGCAGAGAGAUUCAUGAGAGGCUUCUUAACAGCAGGAUUGUGUUAAACGAGUUCGUUGUUAACUCAUUGGUCGACAUGUAUGCAAAAUGUGGAGAUCUAGGAACCGCUAGGCUGAUCUUUGAGGAGGCGUUGGAAAAGAGCUCUACAACUUGGAAUAGUUUGAUAACUGGAUUGGCCGUUCAUGGCCGAUGCAGGGAGGUCAUCGAGCUCUUUACCAGAAUGGAGGAGUCGAGCAUGAGACCCGAUGAGAUCACAUUCCUCUCUGUUCUUUCUGGGUGCUCGCAUGGAGGUUUAGUCAAAGAGGGGUUGGAGUCAUUCUCGAAGAUGGAGAGAUACGGAGUGAAGCGUAGUGUGAAGCAUUAUGGGUGUCUCGUUGAUCUUCUGGGACGAGCAGGGAGGCUUGAGGAUGCGUUAAAUCUAGUGAAGGGGAUGCCCGUGGAGCCAAGUGACACGAUCCUUGGGUCGCUGCUGGGGGCAUGUAGAACCCACUCUGAUACCUAUAUGACAGCAAAGGUGUUGGAGUUCAUAAAUGAGCAUUCUCAUCACUAUAGGCUUCUGUCGAAUAUCUAUGCAGCUUCUGAAAGAUGGGAGAUGGCUGAGAGAAUGCGUGUCGCCUUUUCAGCUACAGAGUGCGAGAAAAUAACCGGAUACAGUGUGCUCGCGGCUUAAGGCAUUCGACAUCAAGAAUCUCUGUUUUAUCAUUCAACAUCAAGAAUUCUAAUGCUAGAAAACAUACUCACAAAAGCAACUCUCAAGUAUUCAUUAGCUUUUCUUGUAGUAUAAUAGAUGUUGGAGGUUUGUGUCGAUUACAUGAGUUUCUGCACUAGACGACCCUAAAUGAGUCGGCUAUCCUCUUCAAGUCCUUGUAAUGUUUCUUCCAUUGGAGUCCUGACAAGUGAGAACCAGAUGUAUGUAAAAAUCAGUUACUUGGAGAAGCCACAUUUUGCAGUUGUAGGUUUGAAGUGGAGGCAACGAAUGAUUUACCAUUUCCUGUCACGUUGAACAGGUAGAGGCGGUUUCCUGCUGCAGUUGCUGUGAUUAUAACAUGAGUUGGCUCCAACUCGAACUGGUAAUACGUUCUUCCCGCGCGGAUGUCAGACCGGCGUGCGCGACGUCUGCCAUUAGGCAACUGUUCAGCGGAUACGGACGUCCGAUACGGACACCGCAUGUCCGCGCCUUUCCAGCGACGUCCGUCGGGAUGUCCGCCAUUGCGUUGACUCCCACGGACGUCGGCGUGGAAUUCCCGAUUUUUGCAUUAAUUUUUUUUUAAAAUUCUAUAAAUACGUCUCGUUGCACUUCAUUU